CACGACAUCUCCCAUAACCUCUCCCAUAACCAAAGAAAGAUUUUGUUAUACAGAUGAGAAAUGGAUAUGUCUGCAUAUUGCUAUGGAAAGACCGAAUAAAUAGCUCGCUAUGCAUCUGUCAAGCAAAAUUGUGUUCAUAGAUACGAGCAGGCCGUGCCAAUUUGAUUUUAGCAUUCGAAAAUAGCAGUAUUACUGUACAAGUGCUGCAUAGAUUUUUUGGCUCCGCAAAACCACGCGCUCAAGUGCUUGUACUUGUAGGUCAAAUAAGUAAAGCGCAAGCGAAACUGCAGUUUUUUUCCAUAGAUUUAUUUUUAACGUUCCCAUAAAACGUCAUUUGAACUGUUUAUUCUCUCAUGUCUAUUAACUAAACAACCUAAAAUGGGAAGUUCCCAGCGCAAGCCGAGAAGAGCGCGGAGCGAUGGCAGGCAGUCAGGGCGCUCCAGGUCUCGGCAGGACCAUCCUGCGCGUUUCAUCUGGACUGAAGUGUGUGACAGAUCUGAAGAACUUCUGAUAACGGGCUUGAUUUAAAACUGCUGCCUUAUUUAUGUGUGUCCUCACGAGGGAAGUAUAGUUUCCAGUCUUCUUGAUUAAACUUACGAAAUGGAGAUCCUUGCCAGGGCUCAGUGGCUCCAGAUUCUUCUGCUGCUGCUGCGACAUGGUGCCACUGGACUGAACUUCACGGUCCUGCUAUCCAUACCCAACACAUCCAUUCCCUUCAGUGCCGGGCGGGUCGGUGCUGGAGCCCUGAUAGCGAUCGAUAAAGUCAACAGGGACCCGAAUCUUCUUCCAGGACACCACCUUGACUAUAAAUACUUGGAUGACCACUGUGAUUCGGUGGUGGGACCUGGGAGGAUUGUUGACCUUCAGCACACGCACAAGUUCAGCGCUUUCAUUGGUCCGUCCUGCUCCAAGGUUUGCUCUCUCAUUGGCAGACUUGCUUCUUAUUGGAACAUUGCUAUGAUCAGCCCAAUAUGUGCAGACCAGGAAUUCCUGGACAAGAAGGACUUCUCCACGCUCACCAGGGUCUUCGGCCCGUUCACAAAGAUGGGCUCGUUCUUCGUCCGCAUCUGUGAGAACUUCAGGUGGAAACGUAUCGGGAUCAUCUACGACGAACAUUCUGCUUGGAACAUACCAGCGGAGGGAAUCAGGUACACUGCGCAAAAUAAUUCCAUCACUGUGGCCAAGUAUGUUGGUUUCCGUGUCGACGACAACAAGGACGCCUCAGAUUUUGCCAAGAUCCUCCAGCAGGUGGCUACAGUGUCUCGCAUUAUUGUGAUUUCAGCCCGAGGCGAGGUGGUGAGGAGGUUCCUCAUCGAGGCCCACAAGCAGGGCCAGACCAACGGGGACUUCGUCUUCUUCUCGUUCGAGCCUUACAAGGAGAAGCAGAUGUUUGGCGACUUCUCCUGGAGGAGAGGAGACCCCGACGACUCCAUCGCCCAGCGAGCCUUCCAGGCUCUCUUCCUGCUCUCCCUGUACAAGCCCAGCAACGAGAUGUACGAGAACUUCUCAGCCGGGGUGGUCCGACGUUCCAAGGAGAACUUCGGCUACACGUACGACCCGAAUGAGAAGGUGUCAAUCCUGGCUGCGCUCGCCCACGAUUCCGUGUGGCUGUACGCCCAGGCGCUGAAUGAGACCCUGUCGGAAAACGAAGACCCCUACGAUGGCCACAAUGUCACCCGCCGCAUGUGGAGCAGAACGGUCACAGGAAUUCAGGGCGAUGUCACCAUAGAUGACAAUGGGGAUCGGGAGUCGGCCUACAUGAUGUACCACUCCCAGAGCAGCGAGGGCGUGUUCAAAGUGAUUGCAAAUUAUUUUGGGACAAACAAGACCUAUGAGCAGGUGAAGGGGGUCCAGAUCAUGUGGCCGGGGGGCAGGAAGACCCCGCCCAAAGACACACCGACUUGUGGAUUUAGUGGGGAGCUUUGUCCGUUUGCUGAGAGGACCCUGAUCAUCUCUGUGGCUUUGAUCCUCGGCCUGCUGGCCACAGGGAGUCUGAGCAUCGCCCUGCUCUACAGGAAGUACAAACUGCAGGAGAAGGCUUCGAUGAUGCUGUGGAUGGUCAGCCUCGAUGAUGUUGCCGUAACGGAACACCACACUUCGUCCUCGAUGUUCUCUUUGAACGGCGGCUCAGCACAGGACGAAGCUGCCAGCAGUGGCAUGGACAGCGAGAUGCUCUCCAGCAGGACUGCACUGUAUAAAGAGAACGUGUGUUCCAUCCGGUUCUUGAACGUGCGGAGUGUCAACCUGACAGGCGACCUACUUGCAGAGUUGCAGCAGUGCAAGGACCUGAGCCACCCGAACAUCUGCGGCUUUGUCGGAGCCUGGCUGGAGUCACCUCCGCUGUUCCUGAUCACCGAGUACUGCUCCAAGGGCAGCCUGCAGGACAUCCUGAGGAACGGGUCCAUCAGACUUGACUGGACGUUCAAGUACUCUCUGAUGCUGGACAUCGUGAAGGGAAUGGACUACCUACACCGCAGUCCCCUCCGUUCCCAUGGACACCUGUCCUCAUCCAACUGUGUGGUGGACAGCCGCUUUGUGCUGAAGGUCACCGACUUUGGUCUCAGCUCUCUGAGGCGACCACCAGGGUCCCAGAACCACCAGGACCAUUGGCAACGUCUGCUGUGGAGAGCCCCCGAACUUCUAAGGGGCAUCAUGCCCCCCAAUGGCACUCAGAAGGGGGACGUCUAUAGCUUCGGCAUCAUCAUCCAGGAGAUAGUCUUCCGCCGUGAGCCCUUCUACAUUCCUGGGCGCACCCUUAAGGCCGAAGAUAUCGUGGAGCGGGUGAAGGCGGGAGGCUGCAGCCCCCUUCGGCCACACGUGGACCGGGCGGAGUGCCCCGGGGCUGUGGAAACCCUGAUGCGAAGCUGCUGGAGGGAGAGGCCCGCAGAGCGACCGGACUUCCCCGCACUCAGGGCGCUGGUGAAGAAGCUCUCCCCAACUGGGGGAAGCGAUAACAUCCUGGACAACCUGCUCUGCCGCAUGGAGCAGUAUGCCAACAACCUGGAGCAGGUGGUAGAGGAGCGCACUGCCCAACUCGUACAGCAGAAGAAGAAGGCGGAGAGCCUCCUCACGCAAAUGUUGCCUCGGUCAGUUGCUGCUCAGCUGAUAGCUGGAGAGACAGUGCAAGCGGAAACGUACGACUGUGUCACUAUCUACUUCAGCGACAUCGAAGGGUUCACGGUGCUGGCGUCCAGUAUUACUCCCAUGCAGGUUGUGGACCUUCUGAAUGAUUUGUACACAAACUUUGACAAAAUCAUCGACAAUCACGACGUCUACAAGGUCGAGACCAUUGGAGACGCCUACAUGGUAGUGUCAGGUCUGCCCAUCCGGAACGGAGAUGACCACGCCAAAGAGAUAGCCAGGAUGGCCCUGACUGUGGUGAGGGCUAUGGAGCGGUUCGAGAACAAGCAUGUCCUGGGCCAGCAGCUGAAGGUCCGAAUCGGGCUUCACUCAGGCCCCUGCGUGGCCGGCGUGGUGGGUCUGAAGAUGCCUCGCUACUGUCUGUUUGGGGAUACGGUCAACACGGCUUCCAGGAUGGAGUCCCACGGCUGCCGUCACUUCAUGUCAUCCUACGAUACAUGA